CGAGGAAAAAUUGAAGUGGUAUCGAAAACUACAGAGAGUACAAGUGUUAGCUGGCUGUAGGCUGCUUCUAUAAACUCUGAUUCAACUGCAAAACACCUGGUUCCAUUACCAGAAAAAGGAAAGCCAUAUUCUUCCCGCCAUAUCUCAUUUCUUUACUCAUUUUCUUGAUUUUUUCUGUAGAUUUGAGUGCAGUAUUCACUACUGCUGUUUUCUGAAGAAAAAAGAAAUCGUCAAACAGGCAAAAUGGGCUUCUUUCAGAAAGCCAUAGCAUCGACUAAACUCAGAGGGUUUAUCAAUAUUCUGGUUUUCUUGCUUUUUUGUUUGAACUUCUCUGUUUCUGAUGCUUAUGAUGCACUUGAUCCUGAUGGAAAUAUUACUGUUAAAUGGGAUAUUAUAAGCUGGACUUCAGAUGGAUACAUUGCUGUUGUUACAAUCUUUAACUUUCAGAAAUAUCGACACAUUCAAGCACCAGGAUGGAAAUUGGGUUGGACAUGGGCCAAGCAAGAGGUGAUUUGGAGAAUGGUCGGAGGUCAAACUACAGAGCAAGGAGAUUGUUCAAAAUUCAAAGGGGAAAUCCCUCAUUGCUGUAAAAAGGAUCCCACAGUUGUGGAUUUGUUGCCUGGAACUCCUUAUAAUCAACAGAUUGCAAAUUGUUGCAGAGGGGGCGUUAUAAGUUCUUGGGUCCAAGAUAAAGGAAAUGCAAUGAGUGCAUUCCAAAUAACUGUUGGUCAAGCUGGAACGAGCAAUAAAACUGUCCGAGUGCCUAAGAAAUUUACCCUGAAAGCACCGGGGCCAGGAUACACUUGUGGACCUGCUAAAAUUGUGAAGCAGAGCAAAUUUAUAAUGCCUGAUAAAAGGAGAGCAACUCAAGCUCUUAUGACGUGGAACAUUACUUGCACGUAUUCGCAAUUCCUGGCUCAAAAAGCACCCACCUGCUGCGUCUCACUCUCCUCCUUUUACAACGACACAAUUGUGAAUUGUCCGGCUUGCACUUGUGGCUGUCGGAACAGUUUGAUACAGCCAGGGACCUGUGUAGAUUUGGAUUCUCCGCACUGGGCGUCAGCUCUUUCAAGUUCACGAAAGAACAGUGACACACCUCUCGUCCGGUGCACUAGCCAUAUGUGCCCUAUCCGAGUCCACUGGCAUGUCAAGCUUAACUACAAAGAGUAUUGGCGGGUGAAAAUCACGAUAACUAAUUUUAACUACAGAAAGAACUAUACGCAGUGGAAUCUUGUUGCACAACAUCCCAACUUCGACAAUCUCACUCAGACAUUCAGCUUUAACUACAAGGCAUUAACAUCAUAUGGUUCCAUAAAUGAUACGGCCAUGUUAUGGGGAGUCAAAUAUUAUAACGACUUACUCAUGCAAGCCGGUCCCUAUGGAAGUGUGCAAUCAGAGCUGCUCUUUCAAAAGGACAAAACGACAUUUACUUUCAAAGAGGGAUGGGCGUUUCCACGCAGGAUAUACUUCAAUGGGGACGACUGUGUCAUGCCGCCUCCAGAUGCUUACCCUUAUCUACCGAGUGCUAGUUCCCACAUGGUUAUUCCUAUGUGUAAUUUACUAACUAUUUUGACAUCUCUAGUUCUUUUAGUGGCGUAUCACUAGCAAAAUUGAGUGCAAGAAAGCAAGACGAGCCACUGAAGACUUUAUUAUUUCCUCCGGAGGAAACAAAUCCUCCAUUUUGUUAUUUGAUUGAGGAGUGAAUUCUCGCUGGGAAGCUUCAAAAAAUGAGUGGAUUAAGGUGCAUUUGUUGCUGGUAUAUUGCUUUAACUUAUUAUAUAUGUAUUGUAAUGCCCAAAGGGAAAAAAUAACAUUUGAAGGCAUGCAUCUACAUAUUCAUUGUAGAUGUUAUGUGCCCCAUUAUUUGUGAGUAAUGUAUUAUGAAAUAGUGAUUAAUGUGAAAUAUGUGGUUUA